AUGCCCUCCGCACUCGUCCCCUCUGCCAGCGCCCCUCCAUCCUCGCUAUGCCGUCCCAGAGUCACCUCAGCAUCCACCUUGGCCGCGCCACCCUCGCCCAAGCGGCCCCGGCAGACACCGUCACCUUCUGCGCGGUCCCCCUCCUCCCGCCCCUCCAGCUCGACCCUACUCCCCUCUUCCUCCUCUCAACCCCUCUACAAUCGCUCACGGCCUCGUCCAGCUCGUCCGUCACUCAGCGACAAGCGCGCAAUAACAUUUGACAGACACGUGAUGACUAGUCCGUACCGGUCCGGGCCCGACUCUGAAAAUUCCAAUGUGGACUGCAGGCUGGCGAGGAGGCGGGAACUCUCGGUCCCUCUUUUGUCACAAUCCUUAUCACACUUCUCGCUUUCGCAUACAUCUCCACCUACACCUCAGCGCCAAAAAGGAGCAUCCAUCAAGAUGAUGUCUGAGCUCUAUACUCUACCUCACGACCAGACCAAAACGCCACGGAACCUUUCGCGUCGGCCUGACUGGACGGAAGGUCCACCACUCCCGGCCGAGCUCUCUUAUCCCUCCACAGCACCACUCCCUCACGCCGCUUCCUUCCUCGGCUCACCCUUCUCUUCCAAGACCGCCGGUGGUCAAUACCGCUAUAUGAGCUCGGACGAGUCCCCCUCACGCGGCUACGGCAGGGCCACGACGGAACGGCUAUCGCAAGGCGCGUUUGGGAAGGAGCUGGACUGGAUGCAUGGGAGCGAGUGGAUGGCAGAGAUGGAAGAGGGAGAGAAGGAAGAAAUGAGCCCGGUACGCGCCAUGUCCCGCUCGUCACGGACGCGGCGUGACACAUCCGGCUCGUCCUCUUCCACGGCGUCGAUGGAUGAGUUCAGCUGUAGCGGGACCAGCUCGGCCUCGCUCAUCUCUCUCGGUCGGAGCUCGGAUGAGCACAAAGUCCGGCCAGGCGUGACCAUCUGGGGCGAGCAUCAUAUCGAGGAGGAGGCGCACCCCGGAACGCCUCGACACCAGCUCUUCGUCGCCACUUCGGGGAGUGAGGACUCUCUGCAUAUCGCCUCCAAGGGGAAGAAGGCUACUCCUUCUCCUAUCCGGGCAUCAGCAAAGGGCAAGCUCCCCCAGAUCUCUCCCCUCCAACACCUCAUGAACCGCUCGGCGUCCAAGUCGGUCACUCCCACCGACAACAACCCUCCCUCCAAACCUCGCAAGUCCCCCUUCGCCAACUUUAUGCCUCGACUCAUGUCUGUCCGUCGUCCUACGUUGUCGCGGAAAGACAGUCUCUCGGUCGGUCGGAAUGACGAGGACGAAGAUACGGACACUGAGGACGUCAGCUCCCCUUGUAACCGCCCCCUCAUCGCCUCCUCGUCAACCGUGUGCGACUCUAAAACCGCGCGCAUCGCCGCCCAGCCUACUCUCGUCGGACUCGGUAUCUCCUCCUCAGCGGACAAGGCCAACUCGUCCUUCUCGUCCGAAUCGAGCAUCGAGGCUCCCUCCCCUUCCAAGCCGCCACCAAGCGCCCACCUCUCCAACUAUAUCCUCAGUCCCGGACCACUCCCCCGCGCGACGUCCGCCAGGCGCAAGACUUUCGUCACCGCCGAUGCACCGCCCAAGCCCGCAACAGCCGCUACGACUACGACGCUGGAGCGAGCCAAACCACUCCGCCCGCUCCUUCGUCGAGGCGUCACCGAGCCUCGCGCCCAGGUCGGUCUCGUCGGGAAGCUGCUCGGUCCUGAAUCGGCCCACACUCCUCCUCCGGCCCUCUUUGACGACAUCAAGCCUUCUCCCGCGGCAUUUGCGUCAACCGGGCUCGUCAAGAAGAAGUCGGCUCUACCUAUUCUUCAGAUCCCAAAGUUUGGGCUCAAAUCUUCCCCUGCUUCGACCGCCAGCACUAUCGAUUCGUCCCGCUCCUCUCGGACUGUCGCAAGCGUGGACAGCUGUCCCCCGCCGAAGACCACCGCGACUAUCGGGAACCCAGUCCCUACUGCGUUGCAGAACGCGCAGCGGACGAGGGGGCUGAGGCGGAAGGGUAGUACGAUGUUCACGGCGAGUGGGAGCUGUGGGAGUAUUGGAGAAAGCAAGGGGUUCAGCCCGGUCACGCCAACCAAGCCGGCUUUGUAUGUCCCUACAUUCGGCCAUGGCGUUCACACACCCUCUCCGGCCACACCGACCAGCUACUACCCCUUCGUCUCCUCUUCUUCCAUCCUCAGUAUCUCUACCCCAACCUCCGCAUGCACGCCACCCAGCUUUACCCCUGUCGACCUCCCGCCCUCGGUGCAAGCCAUCCCUGCUCGGAUGAGGGAGCACCAAGGCCCGGUCGCCCGAGCGAGCAACCCGAUGCUCUCUGCGGCGUACAAGGCGGGGGACAAGGCGCUACCUGAGCAAGAAAUGACCAAGCAGAACAGGCUGGAUAGGGACUUUGUGCUUGUCCAGAGCUUGGGCGCGGGGGCUUUCAGCCAGGUCUGGAAGGUCAGGGAUAAGAAGGAGGGGAAGUUGUGGGCUGUCAAGGCGGGCAAGCCAUAUACUGGUGUCAAGAAUCGUCUCCGCCAGCUUGAAGAAGUCUCCAUCCUCCACUCGCUAUCCCUCGACUCCAACCCGCACCUUAUCCACUUUGUCGAUUCCUGGGAACACCGGAACCGUCUCUAUCUCCGAACCGAGCUCGCGGAAUGCGGCGACCUCUCGCGCUUCCUCGAUGCUUUGGGGGACACGGGCGGCCUAGGCGAAACGCGGUGCUGGAAGCUUCUCUCCGAGCUAUCCCUCGCGCUCAAGUACGUCCACGCGCACAACAUCCUCCACCUGGACGUCAAGCCCUCCAACGUGCUCAUCACCCGGUCCGGCUCACUCAAACUCGCCGACUUUGGCAUGUCGACCAUCUCGGACCUUGCUGGCCGAGCGGCGGAUCUGAGCCCCGCGCUCCCCCUGCUCGGCUCGGACGGCGGCUUCGUGUGGUCCGAGAUCGACUCGGACAAGCCGGAGGAGCGAUCAAUCAUCACUGUUCCCAGUCCCAUCGUUGACCGCGAGGUCGAAGGGGAUCGAGAAUACCUUUGUCCCGAAGCCCUCGGAGACGGAGCGGUCGGGCGCGAAGCCGAUAUCUUCAGCCUGGGCAUCCUCGUCCUUGAGGCGGCACUCAAUGUCGUCUUGCCUUCCAACGGCGACGGGUGGGUCAAGCUACGCAACGACGACUUCUCGGACCUCGCGGAGCACUAUGUGCCGCGAGAGAAGGGGGACCAUAGGCAGGUCACCGAGGCGGGGCUGCCGGUGGUCAGUGAGAAGCUGCUGGAGGUGGUGAGGGGGAUGAUGGGGGCCGAGAGGGAUGAUCGGUGGACGUUGGACGAUGUCAUGGGGCUGGAGGAGAUGAAGCGGGUGCGGGAGGCGAUGGAGGACAAACGAUUGGGAGCGGCGUGUGUAGAAGAGGCGGAUGAGGCUUUGACGAUGAUUCUGGCGUAA